CGGAAUUCGCAACGUCGACAGAGGCGAUCACAAAAUCCUACUCCCGGACUCGCCGCUACGAGUUACUACAAAAGCAAUACGUCAAGGCUGAAGUUGGUACACUGAGUAAAAGAUAAAGCGAUAACUUCACAAACCGCAGUACGUAGUGCACAGUGCAUUAUGGCUAAUUGAGUGAUAUUGCUACAAUUUUGUAUAAAUGAGAGAAAAAAUUGUAAAUUUUGUGAUAUAUUGCCAAACAAUCUUAAAACUGUGAUAUUUAUAGGAAUACACAUUAUUAUUUAGUCAGUUAUGAUAUAAAUGUGUUGAAAUUGUAUCUGUUACUAUUACUCGCAAGAUUUCUGAAUUACCUUUAUUAUUAAGGAUGCAAAACAAUGGAAUUAUCUCCAAAUGGACGUGUACAAUAUCAAAACAUCAAAGAUGUUUCAUGGGAUACAAGUAAAAGAAUGAUCUCUUUGGAACAAGAACAAAUUCCUAUACCUAUGGAGACUUUCGAUCAGUCAAUAAAUGAUGAUAAUGGUAAGACUAAAGCAGUCGAUUUUGUACUAGCUUAUGUGGAUAAUAGAAACCAAAGUCAUAUGGAAAGAAGAGAAUUAUUUGAAUCUGAGUUACGAGAUCAAGGAUUAGAAUUAGAAUAUGAACAAAACCGUCAAUUAUGUUUUGUUAAAAUUCAUGCGCCACAGGAGGUACUAUGCAGAUACUGCGAAAUCCUAAAGAUACGAAUGCCAAUUAAACAAUUACCAAGUGAAAAUACGGUCCUCCAUGAUAGUACUGAUUUUUUGGACGAUGCUCGAUCAUGGUUUGCGAGAUUAUUUAGCUUCGUCCAAUUGGACCCUAAUAAAUUUCCGCCACGCGAAUACCAAUUGGCAGCAGAAUUUUCACGCGACAAGGAUUAUUUAUUUGAUAUCCAAAAUGAAAAUUUCUUUCCUACAAACGUUCGCGCUAUGGUUGUCGAUUUUAUUUUAGAACGACAAUCUGAGGGAAUUCAAACGCUUCUAGCUCAAGGUGUCUAUUGUGCGGCUUAUCCAUUACACGAUGGAACCUACAAAGAACGAGGUAGCAUAAGAGCUUUGUUAUAUGAGGAAUGGGGCGCAACAAGUAAAUGGUUAAAAUUGCAACCAAUCGAUACGAUUCAAGAAUAUUUUGGUGUAAAUUUUGCUCUGUAUUUCGCAUGGCUUGGUUUUUAUACCUAUAUGCUCAUUCCUGCCAGCAUAGCUGGCCUAAUAUGUUUCUUUUACGGAUUAGUUACCUUGAGUUCUAAUCAAUUAGCUCGUGAUGCUUGCGAUCCUGAUGCCAAUAAUGUUAUAAUGUGUCCUCAAUGCGACAAAACGUGUGAUUAUUGGAGGUUGAGCGAAACAUGUCUAUUGACAAGAGUUACGCAUUUAUUUGAUAAUCCAGCAACCACCAUAUUUGCUAUUUUUAUGUCAUUUUGGGCAACUCUUUAUCUUGAAUUGUGGAGACGACGAUCAGCAGAAUUAAGUUACCACUGGGGAUUAGGCGAAUGGGAUCGCACUGCCGAACACCCGCGACCUCAGUACCUAGCAGCUUUAUCUAAUUCAAAAAUUCUUAAAAUAAAAGAGAAGGUGAAUACAGUCACGCGAGAAAAAGAACUGCAUGUCAGUUUUUGGAAAGUACGAGUACCUGCAACUUUCUUUAGUUUUUCAGUAGUACUUUUACUAGCUUCUGUAGCAGUAGCUGCAGUUUUCGCUGUGGUACUUUACCGCAUGUCGAUGAUUACCUCGAAUUCAUUAUUCGGCCGCGAAGUGGAUUCUACGAGUUACAAAAUGUUUGCGUUACCAGCCAUUGCCGCGGCUAUUAAUUUGGUUUGCAUUCUCAUAUUGAAUUACGUUUAUGAUUGGCUUGCUGUCUAUCUGACAGAAAUGGAAUUUUUGAGAACUCAAACAGAAUUUGACGACAGUCUUACCUUGAAAAUUUACCUGUUCCAAUUUAUUAACUAUUACGCAUCUAUAUUCUAUGUUGCUUUUCUCAAAGGAAAGUUUGUUGGAUAUCCAAAGAAGUACAACCGAAUACUCGGUUACAGACAAGAAGAAUGUUCACCUGGAGGAUGCCUAAUGGAACUGUGUAUACAAUUAGCAAUUAUCAUGGUGGGAAAACAAGCAUUGUAUACCGCCAUGGAAAUGAUAUGGCCAGUACUAUUUAAAUGGUGGGCAUUAUUCCGUAUUCACACAGGCUUAAAACAAAAAGAUCCAAUAGUAUCACGCAGUCAGUGGAUACGUGAUUUCAAACUUUUAGAAUGGGGUCCCAGAGGGUUAUACGAUGAGUAUUUAGAAAUGAUCAUACAAUUUGGAUUCAUAACACUGUUUGUCGUUGCAUUUCCAUUGGCUCCUUUAUUUGCUCUUGCAAAUAACGUAUUGGAAAUGCGCCUAGAUGCCACAAAAUUUCUUCGCCAUUAUCGUCGACCGGUACCACGCAGAGCCCGCGAUAUUGGAAUAUGGGCCCGCAUUCUUGUUGCCCUGACACGUAUAUCCGUAACGACCAACGCUUUUAUCAUAGCAUUCUCAUCGAACUUUAUUCCACGACUGGUUUACAUGGCUGCAGUCAGUCAAAAUAAAACUGACACUGGAUUUCUAAAUCACAGCCUGGCCUACUUCAACACAGCCGAUUUUGCUAAUGGUACUGGUCCUCUGUAUAGUUCCUUUGACAACGUGACAAUGUGUCGAUACGUAGAAUACAGAAAUCCACCAGACCAUACCACAUUGCCUUACAAACGACCAACUAUAUAUUGGCACAUUCUUGCUGCAAGACUCGCUUUUAUCGUUGUAUUUCAGAACGUUGUUGGUGUGGUGACUAUGGCAGUACAGUGGUGUCUGUCGGGUAUUCCGCGGAAAUUACGUGAUCGAAUUAAACGAGAAGCUUUCCUGACUGAAAGUCUUAUUAUAACACGUGAAGCCGAGAGAGCAAGACAAAGAUCACGUUCACGCAGCAAUACAUUGGCCAAUGUUAUUAAUAAUGCCGUGCGCAAGAGAACUUCUACGUCUCAUGAGGAUACAUAACAUUGACGUAAUAAGGAUAAGAAUAUUAUACAACGAUUUUAUAUUAAGGGUAUCAUUUGAUUAAUAAUUAACGAACGUAUACAAUGAACAAAUCGAUUUAAUGUGUCAAGUACGUGACAUAUUUUUUGUAUAUAGUUGUGGGAAAGUAUGGAAAAAACAAAACUACUCUUUCCCAUUUUUUUUUUUAAAUUAUUGCAUUUCAGAAUUAAACGAUACUCAGGAAUCUCUAAUGUGACUGAAAUUAUCAUUUCUCUUUACGGAUCAAUCCUCGCUGGACGAUCUUAUAUUCGGUGCUAUUUUAACUGUACAAUUAUAAUAUAUAGAAAACAAAAAACGAAGAGAUAAUUUAUGGUUGUUCUUAAGUCUUACAAUGUAAUUAUGAAAUUAAUAUAUCCUAUACAGUUUCUAUGUACAGAAUUUAACGAAAGUAUAAUACAGCCUUUGCAUUAUCUACUAUGAA